AUGGCUGAAGAGAAUUUGACUGCUGUUACUGAAUUUAUUCUCUUGGGACUGACAGACUGAGCCGAACUGAAAACUGUGCUUUUUGUGUUGUUCCUGGUGACUUAUGUCAUUACUUUGGUGGGGAAUCUGGGCAUGAUCUUCUUAAUCCAACUCUCUCCCAAGCUCCACACACCCAUGUACUUCUUCCUCAGCUCCCUUUCAUUGGUGGAUGCCUGCUACUCAUCUGUUAUUGCACCAAAAAUGCUGAUCAGCUUCCUGGGUGGGAGAGAAACCAUCUCAUUCUCUGCUUGCAUAGUGCAGCAUUUGUUUUUUGGGGUGUUCAUCACCACAGAAGGCAUCUUGCUGUCAGUAAUGGCUUAUGACCGUUAUGUGGCCGUGGUCAACCCUCUGCUUUACACUGUAGCCAUGUCUAAGAGGAAGUGUGUAGGGCUGGUCACUGGGUCAUUCAUAGGUGGAAUGAUUAACUCUCUGACACACACCAUAAGCUUGGGGAAAUUGUCCUUCUGUGGGUCCAAUGUUGUUGGUCACCUCUUCUGUGAUGUUCCCCCACUGCUAAAGCUGUCAUGUUCUGAUACCUCCAUGAAUGAAUUGUUGCUCUUAAUCUUCUCUGGAGUCAUUGCCAUGGCAACCUUAUUGAUUGUGAUUAUUUCCUAUGUUUUCAUUGCUGUUGCUAUCCUGAGGAUCCGCUCAGCAGCAGGCAGACAGAAAGCCUUCUCCACCUGUGCCACUCACCUGACUGCUGUGACCAUAUUCUAUGGUACCUUAAGUUUUAAUUAUAUUCAGCCAAGUUCCCAGUAUUCUGUAGAACAGGAGAAAGUGGUUUCUGUGUUCUACACACUAGUGAUUCCCAUGUUAAACCCACUAAUUUACAGUCUGAGAAACAAAGAGGUAAAAGAUGCUGUGAGAAGGGCCAUAGAAAUGAAACAUUUCCCCUGUUAA